CUCUAGUGAACGUGACAGCGGUGAUGGAGGGACAUGUAUUGCUGCCCUGUGACGUCUCCACUACCCUGGAAGACGACCACCCUGUCCUUGUAAUGUUUUACAGCAAUGAUUCAGGGACUCCUAUCUACACAGUUGAUAUGCGCAACAGACGGAUUUCCCAGCCCAAACACCAGCCACUUUCUGUGCUUAAAAACCGAGCCAAGUUUAACAUGACCCCUGGUUAUUCUGGUCUCAAACUGGAGACUGUUUGGAGCUCUGACGAUGGUCUCUACCGCUGCCGAGUUGACUUCAAGAAGUCACCGACCCGCAACUCUAGGAUCUACCUCACUGUUAUUGUGCCUCCAGACAGUGUGCGAAUCGUAGACAUUAACGGCAACGAGAAAAGCUCUACCAUUGGUCCCUAUGUACUGGGCAUGACUCUCAUACUCAAGUGUAUUGCUACGGGAGGUCGUCCAGCGCCCAAGUUAACGUGGUGGGCAGGACACAAAGAAAUACGAGGAGAGGUGGUAGAGACCCCCAGAGAAGUGGUCAACACCCUGACAGUGGCAUCUCUUCAGCGCCACCACCUCGAUCAGUCUUUUAUAUGCCAGGCCAAUAAUGCUGAGUUUGCUGUGCCCGUCACUGCCGCUGUCACCAUUGAUAUGACCUUGCCUCCCAUGUCCAUCGAUCUUGUGGGCGUUGAUGGUCCCAUCUCCUCGGGCGUUGGCGUGACGAUGGUGUGUAUAGUGGUGGGAGCCCGUCCACCGCCCAACGUCAGCUGGUGGCUGGACGGACGUCCACUAAGAUCAAGCGGAGAGAGACAACGAGACAACGGUAACGUGACGGAGAGCAAGGUAGUGGUGGUAGCGAUUCCAGAAGACCAGGGUCGAUACCUCUCGUGCAGAGCGGAGACUCCAGGUCUGUUGCAGUCUUCCCUCGAGGACGGCACUAAGCUCAUCGUGCACUACGUUCCUGAGGUCCGCAUCUCACUGGACUCUCGCCAAGAUCUUCAGGACAUCCAGGAAGGUAUGGAUGUGUACUUCACUUGCUCGGUCAGCGCCGUCCCCUCCCCCACUACCGUCCAUUGGUACCACAACGAGAACCAGCUUCGAGACAACAACAGCAACGGGUUGGUGGUGGGCAACAUGAGUUUACUACUGCAGAAGGUGGAACGGCACUCGUCAGGCAGGUACACCUGCAGAGCCACUAACACUGAGGGUCACGGUGUCUCCCCACCCAUCCUACUACAAGUUAAAUACUCGCCAGUGUGUCGGCCAGGACAACGGUGGGUGUACGGUGUCGCACGCAACGAGAUGAUCCACGUACCUUGCCAAGUGGACUCCCACCCGCAGCAAGUGUCCUUUAGCUGGGUCUUGAACAACACUUCGGAGACCACUGACAUCCCAGAGGCUCACAUCACAAACAACCUUACUUUGAGCAUGCUCCAGUACACGCCCCACACUCAGAUGGAUUACGGUUUCUUGUUGUGUUGGGCAACAAACUCAGUUGGAAAGCAAAGGGAGCCAUGCGUCUUCAAGAUCUUCCCAGCAGGACCACCAGAUGCCUUAAGGAACUGCACAGUGCUUAACGACAGCGUCGAUGCUGUUCAAGUUCGGUGUGAUGAGGGUUUCGACGGUGGCCUUCCUCAGAGCUUUGUAAUGGAGGUCUACGAGACGGAGGGACGCAAGCUCAAGUCCAACGUGACGAGUAAGACCCCAGUCUUCACGGUCCGUGGUCUACCCUCCGGACUGCUCCUCACUAUCUUGAUCUACGCUGCUAACACCAAGGGUCGCUCUCAGCCGUCUGUUCUUGCUGCUGCCACACUGGCUAACCUUCACCAGAAACACAUCUCAGGUGUGAUCCAGGGCGCCAGUGAACUGCCCUCCACCAUGGAGCAGUACCCAUCGCUACCCAUCAUCACCGGCGUGGUGGGCGGCAUUCUGGUGGUGUUUAUCGUGAUUAUUGUGGUGAUGGCAGUGCGCCGCCCGCGGAGGGUGAUCCAGGGGCGGCUAAAUCAAGACGUCUCCAGCCUUCAUAUCCUGAAGAAAGACGAGAGCAACAGUGGUAAUCCUGACGUGGACGAGAAGGACCCUGAUGUUAUACCAGACACAAGAGUACUGGUUGGCAGGGUGGAACCAACUGUUUCCUGUGAUGAACGCAAAGAGAGUGACGAGACAGAUCUGGAAGCCUCCCAGACACCUUGCACUCAUGACGCACUCUGUCCCAUACACUUAGGAAGCCUAGUGGAUCAAGUGGAUGGUCGGGGAGUUGGCGACGUCUACACGAUAUACGGAGAGAUGGUUGGCAAUAGUGGUCAAAAGAUUUCCCAAGUAACUGCAGAAAUAUCUCACGCAUUCCCUGGCGCCUAUGUAGAUUCUAAUACCAUCAAGCACGCCACCUACGCCCACGUCGAACCAGUUCACACCCACGCAGAACCAGUCCAUUCCCAUGCUGAGUCCCAGCCUCACACCCACCAAUCACAAUAUAUCCGGCAAGAGUAUUCUUCUCCCCUCCCAGUCAAUAUGCAUCGUUCUCUCUCCUACCACCACAUGCCACUGACCGUCACUUCCAUCCCAGCACCCACGUACACCAGUGUCCUCGCCAGUGCUAUGCCCAUCUCUCAUACCCAGACAUUGCCUCACCCACGCUCAAGCCACGCGAAGACCCAUAACCAUCCAGCAACUCUGCACAGGAGGAGUAGUUUGUACAUGGAUUCAGCGAGUACUCCACUAGUCCUACCCAUCGCACCGCCUCCAGCUUACGAUACGUCCAAGUCUUCUCUCACACGUGACAUGAUAGCUAUCGUUCCCAUGGUGGCGGAAACGGUGUGCAUCACGCCUAACCCGUCUCUGCACACUCGCACAAGUCCGCCCGACCAGUACCCGUCUAAGUUCUUCCCUACGACUUUUAGCAGCGAUCACUUGGAGAGUGCAGUGUAAGGGACGAAUACAAGACUCUACCAUGUACAGAGAGUUAUUCAUUACGCUUUGGGACUCCUAACCCGCCAGAGAAACUCAGUGGAGACACAGUGAUAGCUAACCUGGGUCUCUGAACAAUGUUGAGCUUCUCGUCAUUAUGAUCAACAUCUGCUAAUGUAGUUGGUUGCAUGAUGCUUAACUGUUUAUAUUUUGCAUAACAAUGUUUGUACGUAAACAUAGACGUUUGGUAUUUGUAUUAGAUAUAAGUUUUUUAAAUAUCUCUAAUAUGUAAGUGAAUGGGCGACAAGUACAAAUAACUUUUUGAACUCUAAAUAGGUGAACUAUUAACAUUAGGUAUAAAGUCUGGAAAACAUCAUCAUUCGGCUCAAACAAUUGAACAAGAUGUCACUAGCAACUGGCUAUCAUAACAGCACUUCACACUCAUCAACACAGUGGAGGUAACAGCAACACAACACUUGACUCAGUAAUACAGCUGAGAAGAGCUUCUCUACUCUACAAGAGGUUUUUUUUUAGUCAAAUUAGAGAAGUGAAGAUAAUUUUCAAACACCAUAACUACGUCACAUGACGCUCUGUAACACAGUCACACAGUCAUGCAGUGUCUGAGUUAGGUUGGAAAUUGCUCAGAAUGGUAUUUUAUACCAUAACUACAGCAGACAUUGCUCAUUGCAGCUCUCGUUCCAGACAUUGUUGCCACUAACAGAGUAAAGUGUCAUGUCAGUCAGCAACUUUAUAUCUUUCAGUUAAUCAUCUCAGAUGCAUGUUUUGAACGUGUAUUAUCAUGGACACACACAAACACACACACACACACA